AUGGCGUCGUCGACGGCCAAGCGCCGGCGAACCGAGAAAGCCAGGAUCGCCGACCCCGCUGCCCGGCUCGUGACCUACUCCAAGAGGCGCAAGGGCCUCUUCAAUAAGGCGUACGAGCUCUCCCGCCUCUGCGGCGCCCGCGUAGCGGUCGUCGUCUUCUCCCCCGCCGGCAAACCUUGCUCUUUCGGCGACCCAUCGGCCGACGAAAUUAUAUCCGACUACCACCUAGGCGGCGGCGGCGGCGGCGGGGUGAUGCCGCCGAUGGGUCUGACCCAGUGGGCGGAAUGGGUCCAAACGGAGUGGGACGCUUGCGCCACCGAGGAGGACCUCGCGUCCCUGAUUCUGAAAUACGAAGCGGUCCGCGACUGUGCGCGCGAGAAGCUGAAGGCGUUGGAGGAUUCACACAAAUUGAGCGAACAGGAGAUCGAUUCUUUAUUCGAGAGUCUCGAAGGUCAAGGCCCAGCGCUCGCGGCUCUCUUGACGGAAGACGAAGGUUUCCUGACUUCGCCGGAGAACCCGGCUGCCGGCGGUGGAAGUUCAGCUGUGGGGUCCACCCCCGCGGUCUCCGAUCUCGAGGGCUGCGGGUCUAAUGUCGCUGGAGGUGGAAGUUUAGGAGCGGGGUCGACCCCUAAUCGGUCGGAGGACUGCAUCGUGGACCGCCAUGGUUUCUGGAGUUCGCCGGAGGACUCGGCCGUUGGCGGUGGAAACUUGGAGGACUGCAUCGUGGACAGCCAUGGUUUCUGGAGUUCGCCGGAGGACUCGGCCGUUGGCGGUGGAAACUCAGGAGUGGAGCCCGCCCUCUCCGAUCUAGGAGAAUAUGGAUAUAAUCCCAACGACUUUGUGGGACUUGAAGAUAUGGGUGUCUUACUCUGA